AUGCUUGGCGCUCAAUCGGGGCCGUCUGGGGCCUAUCUGCGCUGGACCGUGCGCUGCGGCAACCCACUCGACCCCACUAUAGACGUCGAGCACUGGAAGUGGCGGACUAACUAUUGGCCACUUGCCCGAAGGUGGGUCCAGCUUCGCUUCGGGUAUGCUGUUGAAGCUCAUCGAUCGACGACGACGACGACGACAGCUUCAGAUCACUCCCAUCCUCGUAAUUGCUCCCAAUUGAACCGCAGCGAUCCCAUUCAUCACACCGGUGGUGGUCCUCGAGUCCCGUACCCCAAGCACGUCUGGUCGCCGGCCGGUGGUUGGUACACACAACCCGCCAACUGGAAAGCCAACACCGCCAUCUUCUCCGCAGUUAUCAUUGGCAUCACCGCCAUGGCAUGGACCCUGAGCGCCGAGCGAGAACACAGACACAAGAUGCCCGAACCCGGCCGAUUCUUCCCUAGCCGAUACUGGAGCAGGCAGAUCAAAGAGCACGAGGCGGCACAGAACGCGAACAAGAGUGAUUCAUAA